CACCCCUCUAAAUAGAAAUCCAGCCCAGGAUAGACAUGCAAAACUAGAGGGGUGACUAUACCAAGACUUGUGGAAAUUGUUAAGUUAUAUCAGGAACACUUACUGGCUACUGCAGAACUGUCAGAUCAUGGUGAAUGGCUUCAUUUGAACUCUCAUGGUUCAGUAUACUGGCGUAAUUCUCUGCAGCCCCGCCUUUGCCAUUUUCCCAAAAAUGCCAAAAUCAAAUCAGGCCUGAUCUGAAUCAUCUGACUUGAAUAUCAGUGGUUGAGCUCGGAAUCCUCGGAUCAUAAAUAGAACUGGAUUGAGCUUUGACUGUUUUCCUCAACUUGUAACAACUAGUGCUAAGUUCUACUGGUCCUUCAACUGAUGAUAGAGUUUUAAAGAGUGGUGGGUCUGGAGGAGGUCAACUCAGAGCAACUGAUGAUAUAUUAUCUCAAAAAAGAAAAAGGAAACCACUCACUGAAGAAGAACUAGAAGAGAGAAGAAAGAAGGUUUGAUUUAACAAAUGCAUGUAAUUCAUGCAUGUCAUGUGUGUAUUGGAAAAUGUAGUAACAUAAAUUUUAUUUACAAGUAGCUAUGAAUUAUAGUCUCUGGCCCAAUUAUUAAAUUAGAGCCUAAUUGUUCCAAGGAAAUGUGUCAGUAGAAAAUUUUUGUCAAAAUAAUAUUUGUUUUGAAGUCAAUUUUGACAAGAACCAUGGGCUAAACCAUGUAUUAAGGUUACAAUAGUUACACCACAAAAUUAAUAUUACUUGCCCUUACUAAAAAUUUAGGACUGACUUUAAAUGGAUAAAUUUUAAAUGUUAAAUUGUCACAAAUCAGUCAAAAAUAAAGUUUGCAUGAAUUAAUUUUUUAUUGCAUUUUUUCUGAAUGUAGCUUUUAAUGGCUGAUUUGUAAAAAUGUACAACUACAGUUAAUUACAACAGUUUAAUUACUCAAUCUACUUGUACAUGCAUAUAAGCACUAAAUUCUUAUACUUCUUAUAAGCUAAGAAAAGAAAAAACAAAGAGAAGAGAAGGAGAGAAAGAAGCAGGGAUGGUGGAAAGAACACAACUACUCAUCAUUAACUUGAAGAUAAAAGAAGAGGAAGAGGAGGAGGAAGAGAGAGAGGAGACAGAACUACAGUAUCUCAUUGGUGACGUAACACAACCACAAAACACAUCAACUAAUGAUGCUAUUAUUGUACACUGUGUAGAUGAUUCUGGACGGUGUGGGCGUGGUGGUUUAUUCUCAGCUAUAUCAACACGCUCAAUGCAACCAGAGACCUACUAUAAGAAAGCAAGUAAAAUGAGAGAUUUGUCCUUGAGUGAUGUGCAUGUAAUACCAGUUGAUGAUAUCAUGAGUAGAGAUCAAGGCAGAGAUAUGUUGGCACUAAUUGUUGCCCAGUCAAGGGAUUCUAGUGGUAGUCUCUCAGGGAUUAAGUUACCUUCUCUCAGCAUUGGCUUACAAAGAAUCAGUAGCCUAGCAUUAAGACUAAAUGCAUCAGUUCAUUUACCAAGGAUAGGUCACUCUACUCCUCAUUUCAAUUGGUAUGGUACUGAGAGAUUAAUCAGAAAACAUCUCUCAAGCAAAGGAAUACCAACAUUCAUUUAUUAUUUUCCACGUCAUGGACAACACAAAACUAUACCAAGUGUCAGCCCUGAACUUCAAACUAAAGUAGUGGAUCCAUUACCUGAUAUAUUUACUGAUAUUAGUGUCUGUUUUAAUGGAAUUGAUAAGAUCACCAAACUCUCUCUAUCCCGUUAUAUAAUAGCUUAUAAUGGUGAUGUAGAAGAGGCCCCCACUGAUAAAACAACACACAUUAUUGUUCCUGGCUUGGAGGGAAAGAAGUUACCAUGGAAUACACAUAAGGCCACAGUAGUCUCAUUGAAAUGGUUGGAAGAUAGCUUACAUGAAGGACAUCUUCUACAAACAGUGAAAUACAUCAUUUAAUAUAAUUCAGUAUUUUUAAGUUGUGUGGCUAAAAAUAUAAAAUAAUAUUA